UUUCGUUUUACGCUCACAGCCAUCACGCUCUGAUCAGUGGGGAGCGGAGGAGGAGCCAUAGGCCCGAGUCUGAGUUGGGCGGGUAUUCUUUCCGCUGAGGGAUUUUCUUCUGCGCUUCUCAGAUUUUGGUAGUCGUCUUCAUUAUCUCCCAGGGACGCUUGGACCAUUCUUGCUGCGGUUUCUUCGAGUUGACCCUCUUCUUCUGCCCUCCGGAACCUCUCCUUGCGGGCAGCACUCUCCGACGGGUCGGCACAUUGUGUAUACUGGACCAUGACCUCACGUACUUCCUCAAGUGCUUCAUUGAAAGCUUCUUGAGGUGCUGGGGUUUUGUCAUUUUGAAAAGGAUUCCCUCUUACUGAUAAUAUUCUUCCUCCUGUAGUAGAAUCUGAUCCUUCUCGUCGCUUCUGUCCGCGUCCCCUAGCGGUAGCGUCGUAACUAAGGUCUCUUAUAUGUACUUUUAUAUUCUUUCUAAUGAUAACUUAUGAUUGAUCAUAUAUAUAGAGCUCUGGUGUGAAGAUAAGUGGAGUGACUUUUGCAAACAUAAAGGGAACAUCAACAACACCAAUAGCUAUGAAACUGGAUUGUAGUGGAAGCCAUCACUGCACAGGGAUUACAUUGAAAAACAUUAAGCUCUCUUACAUGAAAGGAGCAACAACUUCUUACUGCAAGAACGCUCAUGGAGGAGCCUCUGGAGUUGUGGUUCCAAUGAAUUGUAUGUGAAGUUUAAUUUGUUAUAUGAUGGUUUUUGUUUUGCUUUGAUGUUUUUUUUUUAUCUUUGAAACUCAUCCAAAUUUGAAUGUGAUGAAGUCUUUGGUCUGAAUUGAAAUAAAACUAAAGCAGUCAGUUUGAUUGUUGGUUUAUCAGUGUGACAGAAUGAUGUUUGUACCAAUUCUACUAUGACUGGAAAAGAUGAAGAAAAAAAUAAUAUCUUCAACUUAUAACUAUUCUUAAACUCGGCAUUUCACCUUUAUAAGAAAUCGAGUUCUUUCUGAGCAAGAAAAUAAUAAAACCAAUUAGCUUGCUAGUUGCUAUGUGUUGCCCCUUUGUUCUUUGUAAAGCUUUUUGACAUUACCUUCGGUCGCAAGCAAACAUGUUCGAAUAUUCGAAUCCAAAACAAAAUAAACGAUAUAUCAUAAGGCCAGUUGCAGAAUAUAACCAUUCAAAGAAUUGAGACUAACCGUCACUGAUAACGGUCCAUUCAUCCUUCACGUAAAUCCAUGUGGCCAUGUGAUAACUAUUCUAAGUAUAUGUUAAUCUCCCAAAUGACCAUAUAACUUACAUUACAUAUCCCAUGUUACCUGUUUCUUAUGACGUGGUAAGUUGCAUUGGUUGACUUUUAGUAACCCAUUCAUUUUUUCCAAGAGCUUUUGUUGACUUAUGCUACUCAUGGCCGUACGAUUCGGAGGCUUUUCUUCUUCUACGGCUGCGAUUUGAUUAUGACAUUUCCACACUCCACAUGUCACAUGCCAUAGAUUAUGCUAUACAUGAAACCUGAUCCAUUGGCCCUCGUAUUCGGUUUUUAAUCAAUCUUAGAGAAAGUCUAUAUAUUAAAUAUCAUUCAAAACCAAAGACCAACAGAAAAGUCAUCUGACACUUGCAUAAUUUGUAUUUAUUUCUUUUGCCAAUUAUCAGUUACUUCAUAGUAUCUUACAUUCUCGACUCAAAUUAAUACUAAAUAAAUUAUACAAGUGAACAUGGAUCCUUGUGAACAAGCACGCAAAGAUCACAUGCUUUCUCCUUUAUAGAUCAACAUUAUUUGCUUAAGGAAUUCACAACUGCUUAUCAUCAUCACAUGCGAUUAUGCGAACCGUACAUUUCAUUCAUUUGAAUUUAAUCAAGCAUAUGAUCUGACAAUCAUUAGCAUUAGCAUUACAGUUCAAAAAAAAAUCAUUAGCAUUAUGAUUAAAAUAAAGUCAACGUAUUCAAAUAUAUAUAUUUAAACAAAAAAUUCCAUAUACAAUUCCAUAUAAAUACCUGCCAUACCCGUAUGAUUUUCCUUCAUCCUCACAUUUCAUCUAAAGCACAAAAACAUAAAUACUCUCAAAUCUGACAUCUACAAAGAUUCAUUACUCUUUCUCUUUGUAAGAAACAUUAAAUGGAUCAUAUUAGUAACAAGCUUGUAGCUAUUUUGCUGAUGUUCUUCUCAAGCAUCUUGCUUAUGAGAACAUCAAUGGCUGCUUACAACUAUAAUGUCGUCAAGUUUGGUGCUAAACCGGACGGUCGAACCGACUCCACAAAAGCCUUCCUCGGCGCGUGGCAAGCAGCUUGCCGUUCAGCUGCAAGUGUCACUGUAACGGUCCCGAGAGGGAGCUUCUUACUAAAACCGGUGGAGUUUCGUGGUCCGUGCCGUAGCAAAAUCACGUUUCAGAUUUAUGGAACCAUUGUAGCUCCUACGGAUUACCGUGGUUUGGGUAAUUCCGGUUAUUGGAUCUUGUUCGUGAAAGUUAACCGCAUCUCGAUCAAUGGAGGAACGUUAGAUGCUAGAGGUGCUUCUUUUUGGGCUUGUCGAAAAUCUGGAAAGAGCUGUCCUGCUGGAGCCAGAUCCAUGACGUUUAACUGGGCAAACAACGUCGUAGUAACCGGGUUAACGUCAAUAAACAGUCAAGUAACACAUUUAGUGAUAAAUAGCUGCAACAAUGUAGUUGUCCGGAAAGUAAAGUUAGUAGCUCCAGACCAAAGUCCGAACACAGAUGGCCUCCACGUCCAAAAUUCUGCUGGUGUGACCGUAACCGAUAGCACGUUUCAGACCGGAGACGACUGUAUCUCUAUCGGUCCGGGAACUCGUAACCUCUACAUGUCUAAACUCAACUGCGGUCCAGGCCACGGAAUCAGUAUUGGGAGUCUAGGGAGAGAUGCUAAGGAAGCUGGAGUACAGAACAUAACGUUGGUAAACUCUGUUUUUUCGGGUUCAGAUAAUGGUGUUCGGAUCAAGUCAUGGGCUAGACAAAGCACAGGUUUUGUGAGGAACGUUUUGUUUCAAAAUCUGAUCAUGAAGAACGUUCAGAAUCCAAUCAUUGUUGAUCAGAACUAUUGUCCGACUCAUCAAGGUUGUCCUAAACAGGGUUCUGGGGUGAAGAUUAGUCAGGUUGUGUAUAGGAACAUUCAAGGGACGUCACGAACGCAACAUGCUUUAAAGUUUGAUUGUAGUCGUAGUAAUCCGUGCCAAGCGAUUAGAUUGCAUGAUAUUAAGCUAACGUUCAACGGUCGGUCCGCUACUUCACAAUGUAAGAAUAUUAAAGGAGUUAAGGCUGGUGUGGUGAUGCCACAAGGUUGUCUUUGAUUUGAUGAUUUUGAAGGGCAUGUAACAAAGUGUUUUACGAUGACAUUACACCGUCUUAGGCACAAGAUUAUUAUUUGCGUCCAUGAUCGAGUUGUUCUGUCUAAUAUUUAAAUAUGUAUGUAUAUUAUUAAAGUUUAAUUUGUA